GAGUGCAAGAUCCUCGAGGUCACGGGGGGCGCGGGAGCUCAACGCAUGGAGCGUCUCCUCUGCGACGCCGACGUCGCGUGCGUUGGGUGCCUCAACUUCGUCUGCGCCGAGCUCCCUGGCAAGACUUUCGCGAUGGCCGUGGCUCACUCGCCCAUGGGCGUCAUGGACCAGCUGUUCGAGUCGCCCGCGGCCUGCCCCAUAUUGCAGAGCGCGGACAUCGGACGCGAGUUGUGCAUCAAGGUGCUGGCGCUGACGAGCGCCGACGUCCAGAAGGAGUUCGGGAAAACGCCCAAGACGUUGGGCGUGAAGGGCGGCAUCGCGUGCCUACGGCCAAGCCCGAUGGUGGUGUGCCCAUUCAAGCUGACCACCGAGAGGACCGACGCGAGAGGGCACUUCGACGCGCGCGCUGAUGUUUUGUUGGCAACGACCACGGGCAAGACUGGCAGCUGCGAUGGUGAAGAGGGACAGGCCACGCUCAACAUGGGCAUCCACUCCGCUAUUCCGACCUUCGCCAGCAUCACGGACCGUCGCGACGCGCUGUCGGCAAAACCAGUUCUGGGGCGAUUGACGGCCUGCUCCCAGGAGGUGAAGAUGAUGAAAGUGUUGAAGCUGAUGAGCACAUGGGGGGGCCCGCCCAGCGGGCCUGGCGGUGAUGAUGAAGAUCCCGAGCGCACCCCAGGGGCAGGCGCUUCGUCGUCGAGUGCGGACUGCUACCUGGUCAAGGUCGGUGGUCUUAAGCGGCAGCCUUCUAUGCCACCUCCACCGUCGAUUCGAGGCCGCAGCGGGAGGGUUGCCAAGACCCCCCGCGCUUCUGACGACGACGGCCUGAACCCGCACGUGGUUGGCACCGUGGGCUAUUGGAUCUGGGAGCCGAAGUUCGAGAGGGCAUUCAACGACUACAAGAACGGGCGCGCGGAGAACCAGUCCAAGAUCUUGCUGCUCAAGCUCAGUGGCAACGACCGUAAGAAAUUGCAGAUCCACAGGGACCUCGACGACCUGGCGAAGCGCUUCAGCCCCAGCGCGUGCAAAACCUACACUGACGAUGAGCUGAAUGCGAGGUGGGCGGAGCUGAAGAAGGCGGGCGCCACCUUCGCGAGGCCUUGUCUCAAAGGCCUCGCCAAGAGGAGCGUAGCCAAGAUCUGGAAGGAAGUGGGCGAUGCUGAGAACGCGGGUCGAAAAAGAUAUUUUUUGCAGAAAUUCUUCAAUGCUGCUGCUCCGUGGGUGGACCCUGGCGAAGUGGCUACCGACACCAUCCAGCCGUGCGGCGCGAAGCUUGUCCAUGCUUGCGAUGACGACGCCGAGAUCGCAGAGUAUUUCAUGGACUGGGUGUUCGGCGACAACUUCUGUGAGCUGCUGGGCACGGGCAACUCCAGGGUGAAGGGCGUGCUGCUAUUCGUGGAGGCCAGCACUUCGGCAAAGAUCAUCCGGGCUCUGGAGGCCAAGGGUUUCUCGUAUGAUUUGAAUCUGGAGAUCUUCGAAACCAUCGGCGCCAUCGAGUCCGAGGCCAAGCGCGCCAUCGGCGGACAGAGCGUCCUGAGGCUCGUUGGGCAAUCGCUGCUGACGCUGGCAGGGGACUACUGGUCGAAUAAGCUGACCUGGGUGAACGGGCAUUCCAAGGCGCUCCAGGAGCACGGCGUGCAUCUGCAAGCAGCUCAGGCGGAGCUCACGGCGCUCUCCACGAACUCCGUGCCCACUAAGGCGGUCGGCGAGAGCUUGCUGAAUAUUGCGAAGGAGAUCCCCUACUGGGACGUGCGGAUCUACGACGGCGUGACGGUGAACGUGAAGGCUGCGUUGCUCGAGAAGGACGCGCCCGACGAGAAUCCAGCGGCAGUCUUGUAUGCCUUCAGGGCUUUGUUGAAGGUGAUGUCGACCCUCUUCCCAGCUGGUGAGGACGUCGAGAGGUCGGCACAGCAGAUUGGCGGCAAGCUCUUGGACAUGGAUUUGGCAAGCAAGCGCGCCAUCGUCAUGCAGGCUCUUCGCGACUGGCAGGCCGACGGCGAGAAGUCCCGCCGCCUUCGCGAUGCACUCCGCGACUGCCACGCCAAGGAGCUGCCCGACGAUGUCCGCGAGAAUUGCUACAAGUUGUUCGAGAGCGUCGUGCGGCAGGCAGUGGAGAACCCACCGGGUGGCCCGAUGGUGCACGUCGACGGCUCUCUGUGCGACACGUUGGAGUUUCUCGCUGGCCGCGCGCCAGCUUCCCAGCACGACGCGUGCACGAAGGUCUCGGCGAUGGUGAAUGCGGUGUGGCGGACGCUGAUGGCUUUCAAGAAGUUGAAGGACGUUUCAGUCGAUGCUGAUUCUGAGGCCCCGCCGUCCACCUCAGAUCAGCGCGACGCCCUGGUGAGUGACGUGGUCAGGGCGCUGCAGAAGUACGGGAUGAGCUCGAGGCCGACGCUGCUGGAUCGAUUCGCCGUGGGUGCGUCUGAGCUGCUGGCAGGCAGGGUCGAGCUGGCGAGGAACUACAUCAAGGAUCUCGGGGCGAAGACUGCGCAGGACAUCAACGUCGAGAUUGACAACAAGCUGGCGGCGCUGAAGACUGCGAUGCAGGAAACCACUGGCAUGGUUGAGUGGGCACUGCGGUGCGACGCGAAC